CCCCCUUAAAUUUUAAAUCUGGUUGUGCCACCUUUAGAAGCAAUAACUGCAACCAAACGCUUCUACUAGUUGGAGAUCAGUCUUUCACUUACUUCUAGGACUAGGACUUACUCCUAUGCUUUGAAUCAUUGUCUUGCGGCAUAAUCCAAUUGAACUUACGGACUGAAGACCGGACAUUCUCCUUUAAGAUUUUCUGGUAGAGAGCAGAAUUCAUGCUUCCCUCAAUCAUUGCAAGUUGCCCAGGCCCUGAAGCAGCAAAACAUCCCCACACCAUCACACUUCCACCACCAUGCUUGACCAUAGGUAUGAUGAUCUUUUUGUGGAAUUCUGUGUUUGGUUUAUGGUAGAUGUAACGGGACCCCUGUCUCCCAAACAAUUCCACUUUCGACUCAUCAAUCCAUCGAACAUUCUCCCAAAAGGUUUGAUGAUCAUCAAGGUGUGUUUUGGCAAAAUUCAGAUAAGCUAUAAUGUUCUUCUGGGUUAGCAGUGGUUUUCAGCUCGCCAGUCUUCAAUGGAUGCCGUUUUUACCCAGUGUCUUUGUGAUAGUGGAGUCAUAAACAGAACCUUUAUUGAUGCAUGAGAGGUCUGUAGGUGCUUUGAUGUUCUCCUUGGCUCUUUUGUGAUUUCUUGGAUGAAUCAUCGCUCAGCUCUUGGAGGAAUUUUGGACGGUCGCCCACUUCUGGGAAGGUUCAGUACUGUUGCUAUUGGAUAACUUUUUUGCUUCAAUAAAUAACAUUAUCAUUUAAAACUGUAUUUUAUGUUUACUCAGGUUGCGUUUGUUUUAUGUUAGACUUUGUUUUAAAUUCUGAAACAAUUUAGUAUGAUACAUACACAAAAACAGCAGAAAUCAGGGCAAACACUUUUUCACAGCGCUGAUUUUCACAAUAAAGCUAAUGUUUAUUGUACUAAUCAAUGAGUUAGAAGAAGUAGCAGUAGAAGAAGAAGAAGAAUACUUGUCUGGUUUGUUGUGAUUUAUGAUUACAUCCUGCUCCAGUAAGAGGAAUGCACAAUAAAUCACAACAGCUUUGGCCUUUAUGUUUGUGUGUGUGUGUGUGUGUGUGUGUGUGUGUGUGUGUGUAGACUGUUACAGCAUGUCCCUUAUUACAGUACAUACAGAGACAGACAGUGAGUGCGUGUGUGUGUGUGUGAGAGAGAGAGAGCGAGAGAGAGAGAGCGAGAGAGAGAGAGAGAGAGAGAAGCAAGAUUAACCAUUAAAUGAAGCCUUGUUCUGUGUGUAGCCCUGGAAGAGGAGGUGCUUUUCUUAGUCAGAUAGUGGGAACACACACACACACACACACACACACACACACACAUUCCAACCAUUAUGAGACUAACUCGAUCUGCAGGAUCUGCGCAUUUCAGUGGUUUGAGAGUACAGCGAACAACAAAGUGCUAGGAAAUGCCAUGGAGUUGACAGACAGAUUUGUCUUCAAUCCGAAGGAAGGAGUAGACAAUCCAGCCAUGGUCAUUUCUGAAGAUGUGGUGAAGUUUACUGGCCCCUUGCCCCGGGUAUGUGUGCUGAAAAGAGAAGAGGGAGAGAAUUUCGGCUUCCAUCUGCGCUUGGAGAAAGGACGACCAGGUCAUGUGAUCAGGCAGGUGGAAUUAUAUGGGGUGGCCGAGAGGAGUGGACUGAGGGACGGGGAUCGUCUCCUGGAGGUUAAUGAACAGUUUGUGGACGACAUCGAACAUAUGGAGGUUGCCCGCAGGAUCCAGAUGAGUGGGCCUCAGCUGUGCCUCCUGCUGUUGAGUAGUGAUGAAUACGAGCAGGCUGUGGCUCAGGGCUGGAACCUGAAGGAACUGUGCAAAGCUCAGCGCGGUGAGGAGUGGAAUCCUCCUCGUUUCUGCCAUAUCAUAAGAAACCCUGCGAGUGGCCUGGGCUUGAGCAUCCAUCCCGUGGAGGGUGAGAAAGGGAAGUUCUCUAUAAGUCCAAUAACAGGAAGCCCUGCUGAGAAGGCAGGACUGAGAAAAGGAGACCUGCUGGUUUGGAUCAAUGGUGCCAUGGCUUGUGAACUCACUCAUUCUGCUAUUAACAAGAUGGUGAAGAAAUGCAGUGAUCACAUGACUGUCCUGGUGAUAGACAGCAAGAGUGAGAAGAACUACAUCAGUAGAAAGAUGGCCAUUCUGCCGGCCAUGGCUGAUGCCCAGAGCAUGCCAUACAAACCCAAAAGAGUACACCUGGUACAGGGGCCAGAUGGCUAUGGUUUCCUGCUUAGGCAUGAAAAAAUAUCAACAGGACGCAAAGUUCAUAUGGUGCGGGAGGUUGAUGCAGGCAGUCCUGCAGAAUUGGGAGAUAUUAAGGAUGGGGAGAUCCUGUUGGAGGUGAAUGGGGAGUCUGUUGAUCAUCUGUCUCAUGAGGAAGUUGUCAGCAAAGUCAGAGAGAGUGGACAGCAAGUCAGCUUCACCACUAUGACCAUAGAAGGCCAAGAUUUCUACACUAAGCUGGGUCUGUCUCCCCUGCUGUUCUGUGAAGAUCAUUCCUCUGGGAAGGAGCAGCAGGGGAAGUCGACUCCACAGGAACAGAGUCCAACAGUUCUGAAGCGGUCAGUGUCCUCAGUUGAAGCCCAGGAGGAGGUGGAAGUUGAGCCCAAACCAAGACUGUGUGUGCUACAGAGAAGCCCUGUUGGAUUCGGCUUCCAUUUGGGUUGGGUCCAACAGAAACCUGGCACAUUUAUCAACCAGGUGACACCUGGAGGCCCAGGAGAAAGUUCUGGCCUCCUGCAGGGUGAUGUACUGGUUGAGGUGAAUGGACAGAAUGUAGAGCAGGAGUGUUUAGAAGACGUGAUUUUACUCAUGAAGAAAGGAGGCAGCUCUCUCUCCUUGUUAGUGAUGGACAGACCAGGUUAUGACUGGAUGAAAAAGACUGGAAAGCCCAUCACCUCUCAAAAAGUAGCAAAGGCCUCUGAGGAGGUGCAGGACCAUGAGAGCUCAUCAGCCACACAGCAGUCUGAUCCCGACGAGUAAUGCAAGUUCCUUCCUGAGGAUUCAGGAAGUGCAUUCAAAUCCAAUGAACAACAAUGCUGGGAAAUGUAACAUCACUGGGGUGGAAGUUUAGAUGACUGUUGAUUCCCCAAGUAAAACUUGGCACUUUUUGUCAGAGCCAUGCUUAUUACCUCUUUUCUUGGUGCUCUGAUUUUAGUUAGUCUUUUAAAUAAACCACUGAACUCUACUUUUUGUUCUGAGAUGCUUUACUCAGUUCACCACAGUGUAACUCUCUCUGGCAAAAUACACAAAACAUGUCAAAUAAAUAAAUAAAUAAAUAACACACACAAUCAGUCAAAUGCAUGGGCACUACUUAUGCUUCAUUCUGUUAUACUACCUACCUUACUUUCAAUUUACACUGGUUUGUGAAAAAUGUUUAAUUUAAAUUGCUGCUGUUUCUGUCUAAACCAAUAAAGAUUAUAUUUUAUCUACA